UUCUGCGUCCAGGAUGUCCUAGACUGGUAAAAAUUGGGGGCUUUGUCCGAGAAACUGCUGUCCUUGCGGUUAGUGUGUCUGCACAAAAGUGACCACAGCCUGAGGAUGAUCUACAGAGCAGAAGACAGGCUUUAAGAGAAGAUGGCAUCAUCAGAACCAUGGCAGAGGGAAACGAGACGACUGUAGGACAGGAUGGCUGAUCUGAGCUUCAGGAGAAGACGAGAUGCUCUCAGGAUUGUACUCCUGGGGAAGACUGGAGCUGGGAAGAGUUCUACAGGAAACACCAUCCUAGAUAAAGAUGCAUUUAGAGAUGAUGCAUCAGUGACCACUGAGUGUCAGUAAGAAACAGCUGAGGUCAAUGGAAGACAGAUUACUGUGAUCGACACUCCAGGACUGUUUGAUACUGGAGUUGGAAAUGUGGAGAUCCAGAAGGAAAUCACUAAAUGCAUCUUCAUGGCAGCUCCAGGUCCACAUGUGUUUCUGCUGGUACUGAAAGUCGGACAGAGAUUCUCAGAGGAGGAAAAAAAAUCUGUAGAGAUAAUCCAGAACAUGUUUGGAGAAGAGUCAGUGACCUACACCAUGCUGCUGUUCACUGGAGGAGAUCUUCCUAACGACACAAUCUUUCAGUACUUUGGAGAUCCUGGAUCUGAUAUUAGAAAUCUGAUUGAACAGUGUGGGAACAGAUUCCACAUCUUCAACAACAAGCAGAUCAGAAACCGAAUGCAGGUCGCUGCUCUGCUGGAGAAGAUCGACUCCAUGCUGGCAGUGAAUGGAGGGAGCUGCUACACUAAUGAGAUGUUCCAGCAGGUGGAGAAAGAAAAGCAGGAGCGAGAGAAAGAAGAACUGAGAGUCAGAUAUGAAGCAGAGAUACAAAACAGAAAAAAUGAUGAAAAAAAAUUUGCAGAGCAAGAGAAAUUAAUAUUCUCCCAGCUGGAGAGACAGAGAGCAGAGUUUGAGAAACAGAUGAAGGAACAUGAAGAACUGAAACAUCUACAAAAGGAGCUGAAGAUCCAAAUCCAAGAGGAAGUUAAAACUAAAGAAAAGCUGGUGGAGGAACUGGAGAGUGUGAGGAAGAGCUCUGAGGAGAAAUCUAAAGAGAAGGGUCUUCAGCUGAUGAAGACGAUGGAGGAACUGGAGAAAGUGAGGAAGAGUGCUGAGGAGAAAUCUAAAGAGAAGGAGCUUCAGCUGAUAAAGAUGACGGAGGAAAUGGAGAGAAUAAGAAGCGCUAAGGAUAAAUCUAAAGAGAAGGAGCUUCAGCUGAUGGAGAAGAUGAAGGAGUUGGAGAGUAUGAGGAAGAGCGCUGAGGAUAACUAUAAAGAAAAUGAGCUUCAGUUGAUGAAGACGAUGGAGGAACUGGAGAGAAUGAGGAAGAGUGCCGAAGAGAAAUCUAAGGAGAAGGAUCUUGAGCUGAUGAAGAUGAUGGAGGAACUAGAGAGAGUGAGGAAGAGUGCUGAGGAGAAAUCUAAAGAAAAUGAGCUUCAGUUGAUGGAGAAAAUGAAGGAGUUGGAGAGAAUGAGGAAGAGCUCUGAGGAGAAAUCUAAAGAGAAUGAUCUUCAAUUGAUGAAGACGAUGGAGGAACUGAAGAGUGUGAGGAAGAGCGCUGAGGAGAAAUCUAAGGAGAAAGAGCUUCAGAUCACGGAGAAAAUGAAGGAGUUGGAGAGUAUGAGAAAGAUUGCUGAGGAGAAAUCUAAAGAGAAAGAUCUUCAGCUGAUGAAGAUGAUGGAGGAACUGGAGAGUGUGAGGAAAAACGCUGAGGAAAAAUCUAAAGUAAAGGAGCUUCAGAUGAUGAAGAUGACAGAGGAACAAGAGAGAAUGAGGAAGGGUGCUGAGGAUAAAUCUAAAGAGAUGGAGCUUCAGCUGAGGAUGGAGGUGAAGGAGAUGGAGAAAAAAAUAGAAGAGUUGAGAGCAGGAAGAAAACUCAGUGGUUGGAGCAGAAGCAUAUCCAGACAAAUAUGAAGCACAACAAAAAAAAGAACAAUUAUUAAUUAAACUUAAUCUUACAGAAAAGUUUAAACAAAAACUGAAAACUGCAGAUGUUCUUACAAUAAGUAAACCAUGCACAGAGAAUGAUAUGGU